AUGCCGUUAGUAGACUCUGGCGCGACCGCAAUGGUCGACUUUCCCUCUUCCGACUCUCACCUUCCCGUGAGUUCCUCCGACAUUCGUUACCAGCGUCCCCAGCACCUCCCUUUCCGCCGCAUCUCCCUUCCAUCGGCCCCAAAUUUGGCGCAUCGCCAAUCUGUGGUCAGCACCGUUUCGUUUGAGUCAUUGAUUGAGGAAGGUCCGUCCAUGCCUGCGGCAGCUCCGCCGGUCAGCAGGAGUCCUGUGAGGGGAGCUAGGCAUCGUCCCUCUUCGAUAGACAUAGCACGAAGAGGUGCCCGUAAGAGUCUUCUGCGACCUGUGGACGAGCAGAGAGAGGCUAAGCGCAGGAAAGUUAUAAACGAAUUUUACGAGACGGAGAAGUCUUACGUUGGGGGACUGGAACUUAUAUAUUCGCAUUUCUUGACGCCCAUAAUUUCAUCGUUGGAUACCCCGCAACCGCUGCUUGACCGUGCCGAACUCACAUCUGUAUUCUCCAAUUUCAUCGACAUAUGGAAUCUACAUCGCUCAUUCUACUCGUCUCUGAUGACCUUCCUCGACACAUCCACAUCAACGUCUCCACAAGACUUACUGCCCCCUCUGUCUCCAAUUCUGCUCCCGCACUUUCCUUACCUCUCCCUCUACACACCCUUCGUCGCAUCGUUUCCGGAUGCACUAUCCUCGUAUGCGACGCUGUUGUCAACUAAUCAGCCCUUCGCUCAUUUUAUUGCUCAACAAGAAGCCGAUCCUCGCUGUGGCAGGCUGAAGCUCAGAGACUGGAUGCUGACUAUCGUGCAAAGGUGCCCACGGUAUGUGUUACUCCUCAAGGAUUUGAUUGAUUGCACGGAUACGGAGGAUCCGGAACAUGCUUCGCUCAUCGCAGUUCACAAGCUGGUUUCGAAGAUCACGUCCUCUCUAAACUCCUCAAUCCAUACACACGCGCAGACACUUUCCCUCCUCGCCCUUCAGCGACACGCUGCCAAUCUUCCCUUCCGACUGAUCACGCCCGGACGUUCAUUCCUCAAACGUGCGCCACUAUUGCAACUCGAAGGCUCCACGCCCAAGGAGCGUGAGUUUCUUUUGUUUUCCGACUGCCUCAUUUGGCUUUCCAGUGCGGACGGAGAUUCUCCCUCGGACAAGUGGGAGAGUGGUCCGAGCCGCAGGCCCCAGAUGGUGCGCACGCGAAGCAAGAGUGACGCUGAUGUGCCGCUGGCAGCGGAGGCAAUCAAGCGCAAGGAAUCCUUGCUAAAGUUCAUGAUAAGCGGGAGUCCUAAAAAGAAGACGCGACAUGCUAGCAGUGGCACAGAAGAGAAGUGGGUGUAUAAGGGUCACGUAGACUUGGUGGACCUAGAUGUGGUCAGCCCACCGCGAGAGUUGGGUGACGAGAGGAGGUUCGAGGUUCUGAGCCCUCAGCACUCGUUUGCUAUCUAUGCAGGGAGCGAAGAAGAGCGGGAUGAAUGGACUGCAGCCAUCAGGAACGCCAAAUCCUCCUUAUUUAUAUCCCUCAAUGUGAUGAACUCGAACUCGACCUUGACAUCUUCAUCCUCGACAAACCAUCUUCGACGUAUUCUACAGGCGUUACCGUACUCUCCGGAUGAGAACGCGGCAAAGCCGAAGAGGGGGAAGGUGGAGCACUUCGUACCGGCAAUCUGGAUACCGGACGGGAAGACGCAAAGCUGUAUGCGAUGUGGACGGACCUUCGGUUGGCGAAGACGUCGGCAUCACUGCCGUUUGUGCGGCAGAUGCGUCUGCAGCGGUUGCUCUGGCAAGACGUUCUUCAUUUUGGAGACGAACGACAACGAGUCGCACAAAGCCGCUCGCGCAUGCGCCGCCUGCUAUGACACUGUCUUCCCGUUGCUUGAACCUUCACCACGCUCUACAAUGACAGCUUCCACCGGAGCGACGCACUCCCAUCUUACUCUGUCCGGUUUGCAGUCGAUGCCGUCCCUCGUGAUGUCUGACAGCCGCUCCGCGUUGAUGUCCAUGAGCCUGGAAAGUCCGAAGAGGGUGCUGUCCCGCAUCGACGAUGAGGCAGUCAUGGCAGAUCAGGCGGACGGGCCUUCGGUUCCUGCAAUCAGAGUGAAGCCCGCUUCGCGCCCGAGGAGCUACAUCCAGAUCCUGGAGGACUUCCAAGAACAUGGGCACGGCGGUUCCCCUUCAAACAGCUUCAACGCAUCUCGCUCGUACUCCCGACCCCCCGAGGACGAGGAGCUCGUCAUCGAUGAGAGGGACGAGGACCUGAUGGAUGACUCCCAAAGCGGUUUUGUGGGAUCUUUCAGCGACGCGGGGGUCAGUGUGCCUUCCACCCCGCGCAGAGAGAACACCGCGCGACGUCACAAGCGCUUUUCGCUACCUGCCGUGGCGCUGCACACCAGUCCGGUGACAGCACGCCCGAACAUGGUGGGCGAGGGCCAGGGGCGACGGUUCUCCUUGGUCUUGGGCAAGGGCGGGGGCGUUGGGCAUUCGGAAAGUGGGGAUGGGCUGAGAGCAGGGGUGGCUGCGGGGAAGUUGAGCGAGUUGUUGGGCCGAGGGCAUCACAAGUGA